AUGGUCGAGGAAUGGGACGAGGGUAAAGUUCCCGAGAGCGAGCCUCCUCGUGGUCGUGCCAGAUCUCGAGACAUUCAUCAGCCGGAGCCUCCGAGGCAGACGGAAGAUGAGCAGAGUGCCACAGUAGACAACACAGAGCCCGACAAUGAGGUGGCCAGCGGCAACGACCCAAAGUCAUCGCCGCCAAGACCAUUCUCGCCGGCACUGUCAAGCAACACACACGAUGACACCUUUGACUCGUCAGUCUUUGAUUCACCCGCGCCGUUCGACGAUUCGGUAAGCCAUUCUCCAGCUGGCUCCAUACCCAGUUCUCCCAUGGUAGACGUGGCGACGCCGGAGACGAAGCAGCCGAGACCAUUGUCGUGGGCAAGUGUCGUUCAGAGUGUUCCGGAGGAGAGCAAGGUCAAGAGCGAUGUCUCUCCCAUGAGAAGUCUGUCGGCUCGGAAUAUUUCCCGUGGCCGGGGAGGAACGUCCAGCUCUGCGCUUGCUCGAUCAGCGUCGGUGGCUUGGGAAGGACCGAAAGAGAACAGUAGCCGUGCAUCUUCCACCACGCCUACCCGAAGUUUGAGUGGCACACGCGACAGUGGCUCUCGCUCACGAGGGCAGCAGAGAUUCACGACCGAUCGAAGAUCCUCGCUAGCCCCAGCGCAAGAUUCGUCACAAUCGAUCCUCAGCGAUGUACAACAUGACGAUGCCCAGCGCAACGACGCCCAGCGCGAUGCUGCGACCGAGCGGCAGACUCUGGCCCGUUUGAGGGGUAGAUUGAAGAGCCUGGCCGAAGAACACAACCUACUCGAUCUGGUCGGCACGCUUUUGAGUGAUGAAGACUCGGAAGACUCAAGUGACGAGUCGACCAUGGACUCCCUCCUCAACGACACCUUCGCCAAGCUCGCCUCGGAGGUCGGUCACCGGAGUGAGGCCAUUGCAUCGGUGAAGGCAGAGCUCGAGGAAUUCAAGAGGUCCCAGGCCGCCCUCCAGCAGGAGAAGAAGUCUCUUGAAGAGGCCGUGAAGGAGAAAGACGUCCUGCUUGCGCAGGUCAACGAGCAGCUUACGGAUGUCCGCGAAGAACUUGAAGACGCCAAAGUGGCUCGCGAUGCUAAUUACGAUGACGCUGAGCAUUACAAUUCCAGAUACGAGGAGGCUGAGAACAACCUCGGGAAGGCCGAGGAUAAACUCGCGGAAGCCGAAAGCCGAAUAUGCGAACUCACCAUACAGCGAGAUCGCGCGGAUGCCCAAAGACGACACCUUCAGUCGAGGGUUGAGGAGCUUGAGCGUGAUCAGCAAACUGCGCGCGUUGCCGGCACAGAGGAGCUCGAACUCAAGGUGGCUUCUCUUAGCAACCAAUUGAGGGAAGAACAAACAACUAGGGCUAAGGCGGUGAAAGAUCUUGAGCAGAAAGAAAGGAAGUGGAAGAGCUCUGAGGAUGGAUACAAUGAGUCGAUAAGACAUUACGAACAGAUGCUUGAGGCAGCCGGAAAGGACGAGGUCCGGCUAAACGACGACAUUGGCAGGCUCAAGCAAGAGCUAGACAAAUCCAGACGAAAGAAAGCAGCCGCCAAGCCCGAGUCGGCGACAUUCCUCGUCGACGGCGAGAAAGUCUCAUACAAGCAAUACGAGAAGAUGCUCAGCAACACCAGGGGCGAGGUUUCCUAUCUCAAGCAGCAAUUGGAUCAGGUCCAGGAUGAACAGAGAUUAUCUCAGGAGAUUCCCGUGGAGGAUGUCCGUCGCAUCGUCGAACCAUUCCUCAAGGUUUACGGCAUUGCCUUCGAAACCGCCCUUCUCGCCAUUGGCAGCAGUUCGCAAGAGGAAGAGGAUACCAUUGACGCUCUUGCCAACGACGAUGGGUAUGAGUCUUAUCCCCGGGUCAGUUUCGUUCCGGAUGCAGAGAGAGAGCUCUCGCGAGCGUCGACUUCCAGCUUCGUAGGUGCAAGAGGUGAUCGUGCGCCUGAUGUGGGAGACGAUAUGUCUCAGAUCUCUCGGAGGACGAGCACAGCCUUUGGUGGCGCUCAUGAUUUGAGGAGCGAGCUUCAAGGGCUCAGUUUCAGUCGAGAAUCGUCCGUCGGAUUCGAAGAGCCGGAGGUCAGCCAUGCACCUCAGAGUGGCAUGCUGAGCAAACCUUGCAGCCCUACGGUCGUGGCCGACUUGCGGGCUCGCCUGUUGCAGGCAAUGACCAAGUUGCGGACUUUGGAGGAUGCGAAGCAAGUCUACGAAACGCAGAUUCUGGAGCUGCGGGACAAAGUUUCCGGCUUGAGGGGGAGAAUCGACGUUUACGAGACCAUCAUUAAACAGCUCAAGGCAGAAAUCAGCCGGGCCAAGGAUCGGCAGGGUGCUGGAGCUGAGCAGCGGAAGCUCGCGGAACACGAGGCCACCAUCUCGGCGCUGUUCGAAAAGCUCCAGGUAUUCAAGGAGAAGCUUUCCGAGGCAAAUCAACAUCGCAACAGGCUCCAAGAGGAGAUUGAGGACACUCGAGCCGAGCUUGAGGCAUGGCAGGUCUCGGGUGACGAGGUUGGAAAGGCCAACUUGGGCCUGGAGGAAAGAAUCACGGAGCAGGAGGACGAAAUUGCCAUUCUCGAGGGCCGCAUCGAAAAACUUAAAAGCCAACUGGACGAGAGUAUCGCUCGCAACGAAGAGGUCGAAAGCGAACGUUUUGAUUUGGAAACUAAGCUUGCCGGAGAACGUUACAAGAGGCAGGCCGAGACAGAAAGAAGAACACAGGCCGAGACAGAAAGAAGAACACAGGCCGAGCGCGGAGCCAUCUGGAAAGGCACCGCUGGAAAAGAAUUACGCAGGUAUCAAGAUGAGAUUGAACAACUCAAACAAGAACUGUUUAACUGCGAGAACGACUUGCGGCAAAAGGAACGGGAGAUUGCGGACGCAAAACGGGACGCACUGCAGGCACCUGAGAAGCAGCACUCCGUUCAGACAGUCGGCACGCAGACCGAUGUGGGACAGGGAGAGGUCGUUCGGGUGCUCGGGAGUUACCUGCAGUCUCUCCGAGAGUUUGCAGAGUUUGAGGAGAAGCUUGCCAGCUUACUCGAAGAAUCUGCAAGGGAAGAAUCCCCCAAACCGAACGAUCAAACUACCGACAUGACCCAGCCGUCAGAUGAGAGCCAGCCCCUAAGCAUGGACCCCUGGGAUGAACAAAAUGGCAUGCUUGACCAACUCGAAGAAAUGCGCGAGGUUUUCGAGAAACUCAGGAAGAAGAAGGACGAGCAUUGGAAAAGUCUCACGGAAGCUCAAAAUGGCGAACUGUAUUUGCUCGACCUUGAGUUAGGCACGUUGGAGGAACGACUUCAGGCGGUUGAAGCAGACAGGGGACUCUCUACAGACACAAGUGAGGACUUGAGCCUUGAGAUGGCCAUCAAACAAGGGGAGAAGGAGGAGAUUAUGCACCCCAUCACGAUUGAAUCGGCUGCCUUGCGUAAAGACAUCAAGACUUAUGGAGCCCGGUUGAACGACUCGCUCCGUCGACUGGACCAGCCUCCUCCAACACCACCUCUGCAAGCCACUGCGACCACUUUGGCCCCUGAACAUGCGGGUGGGCCAGGAGAGCGACAACUGAUUCCUAGAUCAGCAACUGCGAAUCGGGAGAACGGUGGACGUCCCUCCUCGCACCCCGACAGCGAGAAUAACGACCAGCAUGACAAGGGAGAUGGAAUGGAUGACAGCUCUGACGCAAAGCCAGAAGAGCUCUCCUCCCGGCCCUAUUUCGUGGCAGAAAUCGACGCCAUCCGAUUUGCGCUCGAAAGACUUGAUACCUCCGCGAACAGAUCACUACAAGCCUCUCGGGUUGUCCGGGCAAUUCAGUUGCAUGCGGCUCAUAGCUUAGAGCUUCACAUCGCCAACAACGACCUUGUUCUUCCAAGUUUCGACGGUGACUCGGAGCCUCCGUACGAUCUUUCAACCAACGCAAGCGAUAGCGGAGGAACCUCUGUCUUUGACCCUCCCACUCAAGACCCCGGUGAAAUGACAGCUCGCCUAGGAUCGGCCUUCCAGGAAUUCAACAACCAAAUCAGCCAGAUCCCUAAAGCGAAUCACGACAUCAUAAGGGCAAUUCACUCUCUUGUUAGACGGGCCGGCAGUGUGCAAAACUACGACUUCCUCCGCACUCAGGCUCGGAAGUUUGCGCUGCAACGAGACCAUGCUCUCAGAAUCCUGGAGAACAGGGGUGCGGAUCUGCCAAUGUUUAAGGAACAUGAGCAGAAGUACCAGGAGGACAUCAAGCGCCUUGAGGGAGUGGUUGAGGCGCUUCGCGCUCAGCUCAGCGACAGGGAGGGAGACAAAGAAAUGGUCGAGUCACUCAACACACAACUCGCCAACUGGAAGGCCGAAGAUCAGACGAUGCCUCUGCAGUUGAGGCAGACGGAAGACAAACUGGCUGACGCAUUGUAUGAGAAGAAUGCUAUUGUCCGCGAGCACGCGCUCGAGAUACUCCAAGUCGCCGAAGACCUUAGGAGGAAGCUUGAAGAGUCCCAGGAAGAGGUCGACUCGCUCCAGAAGAAGCUGGAUUUGGAGCUUUCUUCGAGGUCCGCGCCAAUCGAUCACCUCAUAGAACGCCGACAGGAGCUUGAACAACAGUUAGCGGUUGCCAAGCGUGCUAAAGAUGCGGCUGAGGAAUCCCACCUUCAUGUUCGGUUGCAGCUGCAGAAGUUGCUCAAUGGCACCGAUGAGAAUGAUGGAGAAAGGAUGCGACGCGUAAUUUCCCACAUUCUUGACCCGACGGGUGGCAGCAACGAAGACGCCGAUCCAAAUUCGGUAGAUGCAUCAGACGACAAUGAAGGGACGGAUCGAAGGUUCGACCUGGAGCAGAAAGUACAAGAGUUGCAGAAGGUACUCGAACUCCGGCAAGGACGGGAUGAUCAGCUCCAACAAACUUUGGACGAUCGCGAGAAGCUGUUGAAGCACGUUCAAAAGGAGUUUGAGCUCUCUCAAGACAACCGCAUUGCUGGAGCCGAGAAAUGCAGGGUGCUGGAACAGCAGAUCAAGGAGCUGCAGGCGACGAACGAAGUGUUGCAUGUCAAUUUUGCAGCUCUCGACGACAGGCCAGCCUCGCGACUUUCUGGAACAAGCGGUGGGGACAUCGCUGAUAGCCCGACAUUCCGGAAGGGGUCGAGAAAGCUAAAGAAGGUGAUAUAUGUGGACGGCAAAGCCCAAGUAGUCACAGUCCCUGCUAAAGGAGAUGAGAAGAACCCUGAGAACGAGCCAGAAAGCGGAGAUAAUGAUACGGACGACAAGAUUAUUGAGGAUCUGAAGAAGCAAAACGAGCAUUUGAAGGAGGCAAACGAGAAGUUGGAGGAGGAUGCAGAGACGAUGCGUGAGGUUUUGGAAGGUUCCCAAUCCAAAUCGUCGCAAGAUGUCAAGAAGUGGAAGCAGAAAGGGUCGGACAAGAAGAAGAAGAAGGGCAAGGAGAAAGCCAAGCCAAGGCUUAAGACAGCUUCGAAAGACGAAGAUCCGGAGGCAUCUUCGAGUUCAAGCUCCAGCGACUCGGACUCUUCUCGGAAGGACGACGACAACAACGGCGGCGGAGGACCCUCUCAGUCACCAGAGGACAAGAUCAAGCAGCUCCAGGAAAAAAACAGACUCCUGAAGAAGAAUUACUUCGAAGCCAAGCAGAAGGCCGAAGAUAUGGAGAAAGACAUGGAUGCUAUGAAGUCCGAGACGCCUGCGCGGGCUGCCGGAAGUUCGAAUGACAACUUGAACAAGCCAGGCCAAAAGCCAGAAGACAAGCCAGAAGACAAGCCAGAAGACAAGCCAGAAGACAAGCCAGAAGACAAGCCAGAAGACAAGCCAGAAGACAAGCCAGAAGACAAGCCAGAAGACAAGCCAGCACGAAUGAACCCGAGGAACAAACCGAAUCGAAACAACAGCAAGCCCAAGGCUGAGGGUACAGCAGGAACAGGCCCUCCACCUAAAUCUGACCCGGAGUUCGUGUUCCGGUAUUCUGAAGACAUGAUGUUCCCCUUGCCUGCCUCGGCCAUUCAAAAGGAGGACGGGAAAGCUCCAGGCGACGGCGACCGAGACAACAAACCACCGGGCGAUGGCAACGGCAGAAAAGGAGCAACAGAAGAAGUGAAGGACCCCUGGGUUUUCCGGGUCAUCAUGUCAAUCUUCAAGUGGUACUGGCUUCAAGUCUAUAACAUGUGCGACAUCGUUGUGCGCGCACUCCAGUUCAAAGCGAUACACCACAGGAACUUCGCUUUUCUUCUUGUAGGCGUCGUGUGGAAUGUCACCUUUUACUUCUGCCUUUGCAACUGGUUCGCGCUUCAUGUUUCUCGAGAGCUUUGGGCGAGGGGCAACGACCUCACGCGGGCGUACUACAUCGAGACGACGGUGCGGCCCAAGGUACACAACAUGCUGGGCCUGGGAGGCGCAGACUAUCGUUUCUGGCCGACCGUCAACUAUUUUGCUGGUCUUUUUUACGAAAACCUUCUGGGCAUAAGCCUGAGCUGGAACACCAGCGGCUUGCCGUGGGAAGCGCGGAUGGCGGGGGAGGAGGGAGUUUUCCCCGUAUUUCUGGAGGAUUGA